AUGCCAGAACUUCCCGAAGUAGAGAAUUUUCGACAGCUCCUAUUACCAUUAGUUUCAGAAACAACAGCACUUCAGCUUACUCGUGGAAGCCUUGAGAAGCAGCCACCUCGCAACUUCCUCUCGGAUGACGAGAUUCAAAAGAUCAAUAAGGGGAAAUACUGUGUCUCUGCUGCCAGGCGGAAAGGGAAACAGUUGUGUCUGCUUUUAAAGAAUAAAUCCUCCACAUCUUAUCUAUUUGUUCACAUGGGGAUGACUGGACGUAUUGCGACUCAAGGGAAUAUUCCGAAACUGAAAGAACUAUCUGCAAAAGCAGAGUAUCCACCACCAUCGACAUAUCUUUCCUUUUCCGCUGGGGACUACGAGGUGUCAUUUUCGGAUCCUCGAAAGUUCGGACACGUGCUCCUGAAAGAAAGUAUGGAAGAGUUUGAAGAACUAGCACCAGAUGCAUUGAAUGAAGCAGUCGGCAAACGAACAUGGAUUUUGGCCAAGCUAUCGGAUCAAUCAAUCGGAAUCAAGGCACUCAUUCUGGAUCAAAAGCGAUGUGUGAGUGGUGUUGGAAACUGGGUUGCAGAUGAAGUCCUUUAUCAGAUUCAAAUGCACCCAGAUCAAGCCUAUCUGACUACAGACGAAGCCGCAAAUCUUUUGGAUACCUUGUUGAAUAUUUUACAAUUUGCGGUGAAAGCUCUAAAAGAAAACAAAGAAUUUCCCUACGAAUGGCUAUUUCAUUAUCGAUGGAACAAAAAAAAGCCUACAAAAGAUCAAAAGGGGCGCUCGGUGACAUAUCUUACUUCAGGUGGUCGAACAUCCGCUAUUGUCGCAUCCAUCCAAAAGAAAAUAUCACGGAAACGCACAAUAGUUUAUAAACAGAAGCAAGGGAAAGAUAAGGAAGCUCGCAGUAGUGAAUCGAUAAAGAAAGAGGCCACAGCCAAAGAGAAAGGACCCAAUAAAACAACUGACAAAAUUUCUAAGAAGAAAGGAGGAUCCACCAAGCGAAAGUCGAGUCAGGUAGUAGCAGUAGCAGAAGAAAGAAGCCAAGAAACUAACCUUCGAAGGAGCUCUCGUUUGAGAGCAACAUGA